AUGAGUCGACUAGGUAUAAAACAACCUCGCAAUAAAGAUGUCACAGGAACAAUUAUUAUGAUGAGCGAUGAAGCGGAAGCUUCCACUGUACAUUCUAAGGCCACGACAUCAGACAAUCAUUCUUUAACGCUUAAAAAAUCACAUACUGGGAUCAUUUUACACCCACAACCACAAGAUAACCCGAAUGAUCCAUUAAACUGGCCCAUUUGGCAGAGAGAUUUAUGUUUAUUCAUCAUUGGGUUCCAAACAUUCUUGGGAGGUGGUCAGACUCCGAUCUUAGCUGCGGGUCUCACGGCUUUGGGGCAAGAAUUUCAUAAGCCAGCUACCACCAUAGCAUAUUUGGUGGGAGGGUUUAUGCUAUCAUUGGGAUGUGGAUCUGUCGUUGCUAGCCCAACUGCCAUUCUCUUCGGUAAAAGAUUGGUGUACAUAGCCGGGAUUCUUUUGUUUCUAGUUGGAGCUAUUUGGGGUGCAAAUGCGAAUUCAUUUGGAAGUAUGAUGGGUGCAAGAGUCAUCAUGGGGUUCGGAGCAUCACCCACUGAAUCACUUCCAAGUGCCACCAUUGCUGAAAUUUAUUUUGCUCAUGAGAGAGCAUAUAGAGUAGGGAUCUAUACAAUGUUGUUACUCGGAGGAAAGAAUAUAGUACCCUUACUCUCAGGUUUGGUAUUCGAAUACUUGAAUAGACACUGGUUGUUUUGGAUUUUAAGUAUGUUUCUUGGAUUUACUUUGGUAAGCUCCUUCUUCUUUGUUCCAGAAACGUUCUGGGACAGGUCACCAAUACCGAACAAACGGUCGGUGGAAGAAUCUGAAGCUGCUAGAGAAAUCUUUAACAAGUCUGAACAUCCCCGGAGACCAAAUGAAUGGGCCAUGAGUAGGAACCCUACAUCUAACAAUGUUUUGCUACUGACUCGAACUCAUGGCGAUGUAGAAAGUUUGUCUUCAUCCGUGAAUCAAGAACCACAACAUCAACAGCAAGCAACAUCCGUUCCAGUUGCAAUUACCGACCAAGCUCCCCUUGCAGAGGAUGGAAAUAACAACCUCAAUAGUAAUCAUAUUACAAAGAAGAGUUUCAAGAGCACUCUUUCUCUCUUUUCUGGUAGACAUACCAUUGAUAGUUGGUGGAUGGUUGCAUUGCGCCCAUUUUUCCUUUACCUAUAUCCUUCCGUUUUAUUUGGCUCAAUUAUUUACUCAUUCUCAGUUAUUUGGCUCAUUGUCAUUUCUGAAACCAUUGCAGAUAUAUUUCGUGGAACCGGAUACGGCUACUCUCAAGUUACUGUUGGUUUGUUCUAUAUAUCUCCAUUUGUGGGAGGUGUAUGUGGAUCUAUGUUCACGGGUAUUGCUAGUGACAGGUUAGCUAGAUAUCUUGUUCUGAAGAAUCAUGGAGUAUAUGAGCCAGAAUUCAGACUUUUCAUGCUAAUUCCAUCAACUUUUUUUAUUAUGUUUGGGCUUAUGGGAUUUGGUUGGUCUUCGCAGGAAGAGGAUUUAUGGAUAGGGCCAAUUAUCUUCUUUGGAUGCGUUAGUUUUGGUUGUUCCAUGGCGAGUACUACAGCUAUAACAUUCACUGUUGAUAGUUAUAAAAUGUUUGCUUCCGAGGCACUUGUCUCAUGUAACUUUAGUAAGAAUUUCCUUGGAUUUGUCUUCUCAUUGUUUAACAACGCAUUCAUGGACUCCAGAGGUUCACGAACAACAUUUGUCACCUAUGGGUGUGUUCAAUUGUUUUUGUCUUUAUUUGGAAUUCCAAUUUAUAUAUAUGGAAAGAAAUGGAGAAGCUGGACCGAUGACAAAGAGCUCAUUAAAAUGUUGUAUCAUCAUGAUAACAUACCUGCAAAGGUAGGCGGGACGCCAAUGGAGGACAACGAAAACAACUUAGACCAAGAGAAUGCUGACUUUGCAACAAAAGAAAACAGUGAAGAUAGCAUUGAACUAAACACAAGAGGUUAG